UAGGAGCUGCCAGCGCCAUCUAGCUUGCACGCCCUCCACCACAAACCGACGCUUGCGUGACGCCGCUUGUAUCAGCGCCCGCCCAGAAUGGACGCCAGUACGCUUGCAACUAUGGAUAAGGAUGCUCUGAAGAAGCAGAUAGAGAACAUGAAAUAUCAGGCGGCCAUGGAACGAUGGCCCCUAUCCAGAUCUAUCGCUGCAAUGCGAGAAUACGUGGAGGAAAACGAGAAGAACGACCCCCUGAUCCACGCACCAGACAAGAAAAACAACCCCUGGGCGGAGAAGGGCAAGUGCGUCAUCAUGUAGAAUCAGCAGCUGAUCGUCAGCUUCGUCAUUAUCGUUUUCCCCUUCAUCGUUAUGAUUUUGCCGAACAUCCACAGUUUGCUGCUUAGCAGCAUAGCGUCGGCCCAUCUACCGUGAUGAUGUGAAGUGUCCAUGCAGAAGCAGCAUAGAAUAUACCCGUUCAAGUGUAUAUUGUCUACUUUGCAACUAUUGUUUGUUACGUCAUCGAUGCACUCUUAUUGUUCCAGUUGAAACAAAACCACAUAAAAGCAUCACACUGUUUGCUGAUUCACAAGAUAUUACAACAUGAGUACAGAAAUUAGGUAUAUACUUCAAAGUAGAAUAUCUGUAUUGAUGUUGUAGCAUUCUGUGUGAGAACACCGAGAUAUAUUGUUUACAAUUCAUACAUUCGCGCUUGACUUGCCAGGGUGAGUUAACAUUUCUAUGGUGACUAUAUUAGACCAGGAGCUGGUGACAGGUAUCGUUACUCCAUUUUACACUGCUUGCCUUUAUAAUUAAGCCUAACAUAUGAAAAAUUGACGGGUACCUGGCCGUCACACAUGUGCACUUCAUAAGGAAAACCGCUUUUCUUUUUGUGAAGAAUUUUAUAUACGGAAGUUCAAACGAAUGGAAGCUCUAAUAAUUGAUACAUGGCUUGCAAUCCACAGUAGCCGAAAUGGCUCAAAAGGGUUACGAGAAACUGAGUGAAAAUAAAGGGGUCUUCCGUGUUCUCAAACUGCAUGCCGAUGUAAAGAAUUGCAAAAAAUGCAACUUUGGUCAUGAAUGCCUCUAUUUUACAAAAUCCUGGUGUGUAUUCCAGCCAACACAAAGAGGUCUUAAAAAUAUCUCGGCAACCUCCUUCCAGGAAAUUGUGACGCCUUUCUUCUUCUUUGAGCGGUUGCUGAGAGCACUAUCUUUGCUCCAAAUGUCCGCUGCCGGGAUAUUCUCAACGAGGUUUGAGCGAUAUCCCACGAAGAAAUUCACAUACAAUACCAUUCAGGCGAGUUCUUUAGGAAAUUCGCAUACAGAAUCUCGUUCCGAGAACUUUGAGAGAUUCGCAUCAAUUGCCACUGGUGCAAACUCAAAGUAUUCGCAGAACCGAAUUAUUCGAGAUAUAUUUGGAGUCACGGAAACCUGUAAUGAAUUUUCACAGGAUUUUAACGAAAUUUCCCACCUUUGGUUAGACGAGGGGCGCAUGUCAAUUUUUCCGGAGUGUUUUUGUUACUAGAACUGUGAUUCUUCACAUCGGCAUGCAGUUUUGAAACACGGAAGUUUCCUUCAAUUUUCUUCAGUUUUUCGUGACCCUUAUGAGCACACGAAAAAGGAAAAUGCUUCUCCUUAUGAAGUGCACAAGUGGGACUGCCAGAAACCCCUUCUAUUUUUCAUAUUGGGAAUAAUUAAAAAGCCUUAAGAAGGCAUGCAGUGUAAAAUGGGAGAACCUCAAGUGUCAACCAGUUCCUGGUCUAUAUCUGUUAGUCCAACCAAUCAGGUGAAAUCUGAACAAGGUUUCGACACUCAGAACUGGCUUAUAAUUAUUACAUUGCUUCGCAUUACUGAUCCAGAAAUAUUCCAUUCACGCUAAGGCUACGCGUUUAUCUAGUCCUUUUGGACAUUUCUGAAUAUUCCUCGUUAUUGCGUUUUAUUACCGUUUAGAUGGCUCUGAAAACGAUGUUUCGGUUUUUCAAAGAGCUAUCAAAAUGUUUCAUCUCAUUUACCUACCCUUUAUAGGCUAAUUUCAUGAAUAUGAAUUAGAUAUAAGUAGGCUAGUACCGAUAUAAAAAUGAUAUUGAAAAACUCACAGUUUCACCAUUAUAAUUUUAGAGUUGAGAUUCGAGAUUCUCGCUUCUUGGUUGCUUGUCCUGUUAGUGGACUGUUUUUCUAAAAUAAUGUCAGUUCACCAUCGCCCCUAUUGCUCGAAUACCAGGGGCCUGAUGGUAUUUUGGAAAUUUCCACAUGACAAGUUCAUUCCAAAUCGUAAGACAGAAGAAUCGACUCGAUAUUUGUAGGUUAAAUACAUAAAAUUAUCCAGAGUUUAUGUAGUAAAUUAUAUACAUAGGUAUUGUUUUUUCAAUAGUAAACUCUUCGAUAUUGAUUAUAGUAUUCAUGUUAUUGGGUCACCUGAAAUUUCGGCAAAAAAGCAUUCAGGCGACAUUCUGUAGUCAAUUCAGAAAUAUUGCUACUUAUUGUACACGAUUUUUCAGGUUUUUUCACAUGACUUCGCCUUGCUUUCCACUGAAAGCGAACUAAAUUUUUGUUGUUUUCAAUAUUAUCGACUACCGCAUUUACGGGGCGUUGAGAAAUUCGCAUCCACAAUCCUAAAAGCACGUAACAUACACCUCUUUUACGGUUUUUUGGAUAGCUAAUGACAUCUUUGCUUGGGGAUCACUCCCAAGAUUCAUUGAAUCUGGUACAGGUCGAGAAAAUCUCCUUCCAACAAAAUCCAUCCUAACGUAAUUUCCAGUCUUGAGCUUGUGUCUUUUCAAUUGGAUUCUGUGAGCUUAGCAGGCGGUGUUUUCCCAACUCUCUGUGAACUCAAACUAUAUUGAUAAAUUUCAAGAAGGUUCGUUUUUAGUUAAGAGCAGCAUAUUUACCUUUUUGCUACAGUCAGAGGUUUUUGUUUCUGUAUACAACAGCACCUCUGGAAAUAUGUAGGGUAACAGUUAACAUCUACUAGGUUUUAUAUUCAUCAAUUAUCAUUCUAUAUACAUAUACAGCUGUAGUCACAUACAAAUUAUUUCUAAACUGUAGUCUAGUCAUCAGUAUAUGAAUAUUUGUAUUCGAAAAUUAAUGUGAGCUUUUCCUUGACUAAUUUAAAUUUCCAAGGCUCUGUGAAAAUAUGGAGGCAGAACUCUCUAGGAUACAACUUCCAAAACUCAACUGCAACAUGAAAUACCAAAAAGUUCUGUCUCAUUUUCACUUGGACCUGAGAAUAAAUCUUGAAAGUGACAAAUAUUUUGUACAAAAGCGCUCAAGCAGAGACUCUCCAAAAUGUCUGCUUCAUCGCUGGCUUGCAAAAUAUCGGAUUUCGGCAGUUUGACAGUUUUCUCCUGUCGUGGUCCAAAAAUGAAAAAGGCUCAUGCAGCCGACUUUAGCUCUUAGAUUAGUUUUGCAUGCUUUAAAGUUUGAACUCAUUUCAAUAGGAUAAGUGUUCAUAGGGUUAAGAUAAUUAUUAUAAGAAAAGUUGAACAUAACAAUAUUACAUGGAUAAAGACAAUACUUGAGACAAAAAGAACUCUCAACACUCUUUUUUUACCCGACUGUGACUAAGUCAAGAGGAAGCUCGAAUCAACAUUCGAAUAUGUAUUCAUAUAAAUAUAGCUGUAAUGCAAACUAAUGUUGUAUAAGCUGAGAUUGUUCUACUUCAUAUAAUAUGCAUUAAUUAUUAUAUUAUACUUUCUUGGG